AUGUUCGAAGCGUUAUUCCGAGUAUUGCCUGAACAGUUGGAUCUCUACCUCGAUGCACGGGCAGAAAACCUAACGGUCAAAACAUUUACCCCUAGUAUGGAGAGAGUGAUUGUUGACUUUCUAGAGUCAGAUGAAAGUCUCUCUGACCCAUGCGAACGUCUUUCGAACAGAUUCGAAAGGCUAAAGUUGAAAUUCAUCCUCCUGUCGGAAUCCAUUGAGGACUCUCUUUCAAGUGACGGCGUCCUAUAUAGCGAAGCGUCUGCCGCGGGUCGCUCGGUUUUCUAUCAGCCAAAUGGAAACCUUCGCCGUGUGUUAGAGGCUCUACAUAUUUCUUCCUUUUCCCCGGCCCCACCUCCAGAUGACUCGAGGUUGAAGGAAAUAGACUCCUCUCGCAUUCAAACGGAAUUCCUUAAAGACGGUAUAUCGCAGCGUAGAAGCAGGGACGGACGGGUUGUAUUCGAAAGGUGGAAGAUUACUAAGGUUUACGAGAAUUAUUUGGACGGAAUUGGAUAUAUUGAAGAGAGCAGAGCCUCUCUACCUCAGUUGAGAGUUGUUAGAAAGAUCCACAUGACUGACACCAUUCCAAAGUACAUAACUCAAGUGAAGGCACUUAUUAAACUACGAGAGAUAUCUAAUGCAUAUUUCAUAAAGUUCGAUAGCUGGUAUUGGGAUGGAUCCCAUAUAUGUCUUCUAACAGAAUUUCUCGCUGAGGGAAAUCUUGUCGAAUACGUUACUGGCUCCACCCUAGACGCCAAAUCAAACGUCCGAGAGAUUUCAAGGCAACUUCUUCAAGCCAUUGAGGCUAUUUAUCAGAUUGGACUAUCAACUGGCCCAUUAAAUCCAAAGGAUAUAUUCUUAUCUUCCUUAUCACCCGUCAAGAUCAAGUUAGGCAAUAUCGACUCCAUAUGUUUAGAUUCGAACGGCGCCCUGGUACAUCUACCGAUUAGUAGUAGUAUGAGGUCUAUUGGUAGUAUACUAUACUGGAUUUUCGCCUCCCCAGCCGGGUUUGGCUCUAUCCUGAGCCAAAGCUUGAGCUUUGAUCUCCGGAAGGAUGGACCAGCUGCGUUUUCGAAAACACUUGGAGAGCUUGGUGCAAGUAAGGGUGCGAUAAACCUGAUCCUUGGACUCACAUCGCUUGAUAUCGGAAGUAGAAUUUCUAUUAAAGAUGCUUUGAGUCACAGUUGGAUUACAAAUCGUGACCAUUUUCAGUACCAACUGGACAUGGAGAUUUUAGGAGUUGGCAGUGUUGGAUACAUAGGCAAACGGUGGACAGAGGUGCCAGAGGUGCCGGAGACAAAGUGCGGCCAUUUUAGAGAGGUAUCGUUUUUCAAGGCGGAGGAAUCUGAACAUGUCAUGUUGGUGAAGCGAGUGAACCAUGAAGUACAGCGUGCCAGGCAACUUGCAUAUGAUUGCGAGGUCGAGAUGCUGAAUAUAUUAUCAAAGAAUCCGCUUAGCUUCGCCGAGUUUGUUGGAUGGUACAAAGAUGAAAAAUCCAUCUAUUUUGUAACAGACUAUACAAAAUAUGGGACCCUGGAAGGUAUUAUGGGCUCCGACGAAGCUAUUGAAGGACAACUCGCCAGGAGAAGAGAUAUAAUGGAAGAAGUCGGUGAGAUUACGAACCAGGUUCUCCUUGCUCUAUCAUAUCUAGAGGACAACGAAAUAUCAUAUCUUGACCUGACGCCUAAGCGUCAUCUCAGGGGGGUUUACUCUUCAGACCUCCCAGCCAUAAUCGUGCGCACACACAAUCUUCCCCUUGAAGUCGUGCAGCGCCUGGCAGAGGAUCUCAUGCGCAGCAUCGGAGUCGAGCCACCAGAAGGGCCCGGAGGAGGAGCAGGAGGAGCAGGAGGAGACGUACCGGCCACCACUGCCCCAAGUAUAGCUGCGAACAUGUGGUCUUUGGCGUGCCUGACACAUAAAAUGUUGACCUCAGAAGAUUUAUUUGGGGCACGCGAGGCGGGAGAUACCCUGCACCCCAUCAAACUCGAUCGAUCCAAACUGACGGAUUAUUGCAUUGGUGUUAUCACCCUCCCAUUAUCACCUUUGGAGGAAUCCCCCAUUAAUGAAGCCUGGACAUCGUUUCUGAAAUCGCACUUGCACCCCCACCCGAGAUUGCGCGACGGUCCAAAGAAAGCUUUGGGCUCCGAGGUUAUGAAACUAGUUCGGGCAACAUACCCUCACCGAUGGAGACAGAGAAUCGAUGUUCCCGACUCUUUCCAAAUGAGCUGCGGUAGGAAUGCUGUUUUAAAACAAAGAAAGACUUUGGGAUCUGGAAAUAUGGGCAUCGUCUCAGUGAAAGAAGAGUGGGCAGAUGGAAGAUUCAUGCCGGAUACAAAGAUUGCGGUGAAAGAGAUAGCGAAAAGUAUUUACAUCAAGAAUAAAGUGAACUAUAUGAGAGAGCUCCUCACAUUGAUAGAAGUCAAGGGUAACGUCGAUUUAUUCGUUUAG